GCAAAAAUAUGCCCAUAGCUCAGAAACUAACUAAUGAGGAGCAGUUGCAAAGGAAAUGUUGCGUUAGUGUGACUAACACAAACUCGCAUGUUGACAGUCGUGGUCUGAUUUCGAAGGUAGAUAUAGUAGCUACUAGCUAUAAUUUGAUUUUCAGAAUCAAAAAUGAAGGCAGAGAUAAAAAGAAAUAAGAAUUCACCAGGUGUUACACAUUUGUCUGGUGUCAACCAUAAAUCUCCUGGGAAAGUAUCUAAAAAGAAACAUAGACACCCUGGCUUUAGUUCAGACCAAGUCUCCAAAAUUAAAUUGGUGACACAAAGUGAUUCAGAUGAAAAGCCAAAGAAAAAGAAGAAAAGUAAAAUUAAGAAAAAUAAGGAAGGGUUAAAAGAAACUGCAAGACAUAGUGAAAGUAUGUCUGAAGAGGAAAUGCUUUCUGAAAAUUCUGAUCCAACCGGGGGAGAAGAAAUGUCAAGCACGGAAGACGUAAAAUCAUCUGGUGUCUUAGAAAGUAAUAGUGGAAAGAAAGAAGGAUUUGGUAAAUUUGUUGAUGGAAGUGAAGAUGAGAGGACCAUUUUUGUAGGGAAUGUUGGUUUAAAUAUUGGAAAACGUAAAUUUGCCAGUUUCUUCUCCAAGUAUGGAAAGGUAGAAGCUAUUCGACUUAGGUCCGCUGCCCCAGCUCAGCCGGAAGUAAGCAAAAAGGAAGCUGUGAUAAAACGCAAUGUUCAUCCAUCACGAUCAACUAUAAAUGCUUAUGUACGGUUUAAGACAACAGAGAUGAUGGAAGCGGCUUUAGAAGCAAAUGGAGCACUUUUUGAGGGAACCCAUAUAUGGGUAGACAGAGCAUCUCAGCCAAAGACUCAUGAUAGACACUGUGCAGUAUUUGUGGGUAACCUGCCCUUUGAAUGUGAAGAGGAGAACUUAUAUAAACAUUUUGAGGAGUGUGGUGAAAUUGACAACGUACGCAUCAUACGAGACAAAAAGUUUUCUUCUGGGAAAGGUUUUGGUUACAUAAACUUCAAAUCAUCAGAUGCAGUUGAGGUUGCACUUCAGCUUGAUGGAAAACAAUUCAUGAAACGAAACUUGAGAAUUCAACGUUGUGUGAAAAAAGUAAAGAAGUUCCAAAAGAAAGGCCAACUGCUGCCACAAGAUGGACAAUCAUUGGGCUUCAUGAAAGUCAAAGGGUCAUCAAGAAUGAGUUUAAAGUUUAUGAAAAACAAAGAGAAAGAAAGAAAAGGUAGACGUGGAAAGGGUCAGAAAAACAACGCACAAAAUAAGAAUCAGGGGAAAUUUUCAGGUCAAAAGAUGAUCCAAAGCAGUCAGUUUAAGAAGAUGCAAAAGAGUAAGAAGAAGCCAAGUAAAGAGGAAAAAAGAAAACAUUUCGUUUCCCACUUUUUAACUGGCUCUAAACCCAUGAAAAAAUAGGCAGCAUAGGAGACUAUUUACUGAUCUUUUUGAAUGUCCAGCAUAACUAGUGGAAGUGCUGCAAUCUUACUAUGUACUACUAUAUUUGCCAUGUAAUAAAUAUUCUUUUCUUUA